CUGGUCCCAUUGACCCAAACGUCCUCCCUACCGGUGAUACCAGACCGCCAUCUUCGGCCAUGGCGACGAACGCGAAGCGAAAGCAGGAGGAGACUCACUUGAAGAUGCUGCGGGAAAUGACGAGCCUGCCCGCGAAUAGGAAAUGCUUCGACUGCGACCAGCGCGGCCCGACCUAUGUCAACAUGACAGUGGGCUCCUUCGUCUGUACCACCUGCUCCGGGAUCCUGCGAGGACUGAACCCCCCCCACAGAGUGAAGUCCAUCUCUAUGACCACAUUCACACAUCAGGAAAUUGAGUUUCUACAGAAACAUAGCAACGAGGUCUGUAAACACAUCUGGUUGGGCCUCUAUGACGACAGGACAUUAGUUGUUCCAGAUUUCCGAGAACCGCAGAAAGUAAAAGAGUUCCUCCAGGAAAAAUAUGAAAAGAAAAGAUGGUAUGUCCCUCCAGACCAAGCAAGAGCCGUAGCAAGUGUACAGGCCUCCGUGUCGGGCUCCUCAGCCAGCAGCACUGUUAGUACCCCAGAAGUCCAACCCCUGAAGACCCUGCAGCUCAACAAGACCCCACUGCGCCAGUCACCGCGGGUAGGUCGUUCCCAGACUCAUGGCGCUGCUCAGGAGAAGAAGUUUGACUUGCUCUCGGACCUGGGAGGCGACAUCUUUGCUGCUCCAUCCACUCGAACCUCCAGCUCCACCAACUUUGCUAACUUUGCACAUUUUCCAAGCCAGUCGGCUGCAGUACCUCAAGGUAAUACAGAUACCAACUUUGCCAACUUCGAAGCAUUUGGAAACACUACAAUUCCAUCCCAUCUGAGCACACCCCCCCCCUCAAAGUCCUUUUCACCAGGGGGAAGUGUGCCGAUCCCAACAAUUUCUAGUGCCGUCCCUGCCCAGUGCAACCAUAGAGAGGAUCGCUAUGCUGCUCUGGCUGAGUUGGACAACGAGCUCAGCUCUUCCGUUACCACAGGCAGCAAUGUGCCAGGGAACUUAUUUGGACCAGUGCUUGGUUCAUCGCCCGCUCAGAAUCAACCUGUGUUACCCAGCAUGCAGCCUGUCUUUGGAGCUGGCCCAACCACAAAUCCUUUUGUUGCUACAGCUGUUGCCCCGGAGAUGGCCACCAAUCCUUUCCAGGCCAAUGGCAGCCUUACAGCUGGAGCCUCGUUUGGCACUGGCUCCAUGAGCAUGCCCGCUGGCUUUGGGAAUGCAUCUUCCUACUGCCUGCCGACCAGUUUCAGCGGAAACUUCCAUCAGCAAUUCCCUGGCCAGGCUCCCAUGCCAUACGCUCAACCUGGGGGCUACCACCCUCAGUCCAAUGGCCCUGCAUUUCCAGUCUACGGUCAGAACAAGCCGUCCAUGACGCCCUUUCGGCAGGCCAUGGCCGGCAAUGGCAUGUCCAAUAACCCAUUCAUGGCUGGAGCCCCAGCUGGGUCGUUCCCUUCAGGGGCUUCCACCAACCCCUUCCUGUAGCACAACUACCAGUCUUUGCCACCAGAGGGCAGCAUGCAGCACAUAUUCAAGUCCUUCCUUCCUGCAGUUAGUGGCAAUGCAUUAUUUGUUUUUUUUAAAAGAACUUACAUUUUUUUAUUAAAAAAAGUUUACAUAACUAUGAAGGACUCUACUCAAGACCAAGGGACUGUUAUUGGGGAAAAUGUACUGUUUGGACUAUAUACAAUACAUUAUAUGUUUUUUGUUUAUGACUGUAAGCUUUGUGCAUAUCAUUAUUUGUAAUCACAAUUAAGUACAUGUUUUGUAUAACCAAGACUUUGUGAACACAGGGUGAGCAUACACACACCCCGCGUAACACCCCCCUCACUACAAACUGUCUACGUGGGUAACGGCAAAGACUUGAAGAUUAUCCUCUUGUUGUAAGCCAAUCUAUGAUCUCUGGUUUGAAGCAACCAUGAUGAUGCAGGUAUUUCAUUUUCAAAAGGGAUAUAGUUUUUGUUAUUUCUGCAUAAUUGUGCUUUUACUGGAACCAAGGUCAACAAUGUCCUUUAUUAACUUACAAGUUGCCUGUAACCCAAACUGUGUACGGUUAAAUUUGUGUAACAUCCCAAGCAGGUGAGUGGGGCACAGCCUUGAUCCUGAACUAUUAAACGUCCUUAUUAUUAUUAUUGCCAAUAUCUCUGAAAUAGUGUAAAAAAAUCACAUUCAGGGCUUUUUUAAAUGCAUAACCAGGUGCAGGUCCUUAUCCAAUAUUUAUCCACCAUAGAUUUCAUAUUGUUCAGCUCACCGACUGAAGGGACAGGCAUGUCUACCAGAGCACAAACAGGCGAGGCACAAGAAACGCAGACUUUAUUAUUUCUAUGUCCGGUUAACCUUCCUAAAUACUGGUACAUUUUUAAAUAUACUUUUAAGUGACCUGCUUUCAGAUAUGCACAACAUUUUUGGAAUAUGGUAAAGCCAAAAACGGCUUAUGGAAGCUUAAAGCUUGUAGGUGUCACCCAAAUUGGGUUGCGUCAACAGAGGUAAAGUUGUAAUGGAUAUUGAUGACUUGGCAAGAAAUAACUGCACAACAUUUAAGUCAAAAUACGUAGAUUUGUGCAGAAAACUUUAUAAAGUAUAAAAGUGUCUCUUCAAACAAAGAUAUUUAUGAAAUGUUUAUGCUGUUAUAUUUACUGCACACCUUGACAUCUGUCUUAUUUGCUUUCUUAUUAAAAAGCUUAUAAAGUGAAGAACAGAAUAAGGAGGAAUAAAAAUCUUUCAGUCUUCUUUAAAUAAAGGUAAGGUAAAAGGAACAGUUUAAUAUAGGAAUUAUUACAUUACGAGAUCAGCCUGGGACUAAACCAGUGUCUCAUUUGUGCCACCAGUGACUAACAAUGAACAUGUUACUUGUCUUUGCAAGAAUAGGUAAGUAAAUGUGUACAUAUAUAAAUUUAUGUAUAAAUAAAUUAAAAGAUUUUUAACUACAA